GCCCUUGGUUUCUUGUGCAAGACAGUCCUGGAAUUCUGGGUUUACUCCUGAAAGCCAACCACUUUUAAGAAAAUAAGCUAACAACUAGUUUACAAAAUGAAAACUUGUACAAAGAUCUUUUUAGCUAGUGUAGCUGUUGCUUUCCUAGCUGUCAAGUGGAAUGCACCAAUUUUCCAUGCAGAAUCUCUCAGAGGAGCCAGGGUAUUGGUGACUGGGGCCAGUACAGGUAUUGGUGAACAAAUGGCAUAUCACUAUGCCCACUUUGGUGCCCAGAUAAUAAUUACAGCAAGGAGGGGUAAUGUGUUACAACAGGUGGCAGAAAAGUGUCUGAGUUUGGGAGCUCAGAAAGCUUACUACAUAGCAGCAGACAUGGCCAGUGAAUCAGACCCUGACAGGGUGGUAGAGUUUGCUCUGGACAAGCUGGGAGGUCUGGAUUACUUGGUCCUGAACCACAUUGGCCCGAGCCCCUUCAGCAUGUGGGAUGGAGAUGUUGAACAUACCAAGUGGCUGAUGAAGGCCAACUUCUUCAGCUAUAUUCAGAUGGCUUGGAAAGCUCUGCCCUCCCUUGAGCAAAGUCAAGGAUCACUAGUGAUUGUCUCAUCACUUUUAGGUAAAAUGCCCAGUCCCUUUGUGGCACCAUAUACCUCAACAAAAUUUGCCUUGAACGGUUUCUUCGGGGCCCUUCAGCACGAGUUGGCUAUGAAGAAUAGCAACGUGUCCAUUUCUAUAUGUACACUGGGGCUCAUUGAUACUGAAUCAGCUAUGGAGAAAGUCAGGGGAGUCACUAGCGUACCAGCCUACCCUGCCACAGAUGCCGCCAAGAACAUCAUCAUUACAGGAGCAACAAGACAGUCGGAGCUCUUCUACCCUUGGUUCACCCAGUUUUUAAUUCUCAUCAAAGACUGGUUCCCUUCGACCACAAGCUACAUCAUCCAAAACUCCUAUAACUAUAACCCAUAAAAAUGUAAUAUAUUAUAUAUAUUAAAUAUAUAAUUUUA